AAAUGACCUCCCCACGAUUUAUUUGAAAUGCGAAUGAAAUAAGAACGUGGGGGGUGUAAUAUGCAAAAAAUUGGGGAGUACGGUAACGAAGAGGAAGCCACGAAAUUGGACGAAUGUUUCAAGGAGACUUUAACUCGCGCCAGACCUCACGUUCUCGCGUUAACGACCACCGAAUCCGCCCAAUUGUGCAAAGUCUGGUUAAAUAAAUUAAACGCCACUACUGCGCAACGUCGCCUAAGGAACGAAUACCUCAUAGAAUUAUGCAGACAACUGAAGACGGGUCAAAUUGGUGGAAUUUUUAGCAGGCCACCUCCCAAUGGACUCCUUCUACCAUUACCUAAGUCCUGCCAUACGAUCUCUAUUAGCUCGUCGAUGAGCGACAUGUCAGAUCAUCCGACGAGACUCUAUCACACUUGCCACAAGGCAAGCGCGAGAUACCUUCAUAAUCAUCAACGUAGCAGAUCCUACCUGAGACACCGUUCAUCCGACAUCGCGAGUGCGAGACACGGUUUCAGACUAUCACCAACUCAUCGUACUCACGAUCACAGUACAGCGAAAGAAACAUGAUUAAUAAGAGCAAUA